AUGGUGUUAAUGACUAUGAUAGCUCGAGUGGUCGAUGGCCUACCUCUGGCUGCAACUAUGCAGGAAGAUGACCAGAGCGGCUGUAAUGUUUUGGAAUAUCAGAAUCAGGCCAAAAUGCUGUUUAGAAAAUUAACUCCACAAUCACCUACACGGUGCUCAAUAGAAACUGGGCCUUAUCUUUUUCACUAUUUGAUAGAGAAUGAAAUCUGUUACUUGGUUCUUUGCGAGAGGAACUACAGCAAGCGACUUGCAUUCAGUUAUUUAGAAGAAAUUGCACAAGAGUUUUUCCUACAGUACGGGAAAAGGGUGAAUACAGUUACUAGACCAUACACAUUCAUAGAAUUCGACACGUGGAUGCAGCGAACACGCAAGCAAUAUGCCGAAGGCGGCGCCAGGGCGAGGCGAGCUGCGGGCACCAGUGGGACAGCCGCUCAACUUGGUGGACAGCUGGGUGAUGUUCAGAGGAUUAUGAUGCAGAACAUAGAUGAUGUAUUGCAAAGAGGAGCUAUUCUAUCUGAACUUGACACAAAGACACAAAAACUGUCAAUGAUGUCGCAGAAGUAUAAGAAAGAUGCAACCUACCUCAAUACCAAGUCGAUGCUAGUUAAGGCAACAGCUGGAGCAGUGGUGUUGCUUGUCUUUGUUCUGUACUUCUGGAUCUUGUAG